AUGGAGAAGAGAGUGAAGAUGGAAGAGCAGAACUUUGCUGGCCCUGAAGCAGGAAACAUCCUCUGCAGUGCGGAGCCCUGGGAAACAAGAGUCCAGGAGAACCAGCCUAGGAGAAACACCAGCUCAGACGUGGAGCGCCACCAUCUCUGGGUAUUCUGCUACCAGGAAACUGAAGGGCCGCGAGAGGCUUGCAGCCGUCUCCACCACCUUUGCCGCCGGUGGCUGAAGCCAGAAAGGAACACGAAAGCUCAGAUGCUGGAUUUGGUGGUCCUAGAGCAGUUCCUGGCUGUCCUGCCCCCGGAGAUGGAGACCUGGGUCAGGGAAUGUGGAGCAGAGACCAGUUCCCAGGCGGUGGCCCUGGCAGAAGGCUUCCUCCUGAGCCAGGCGGGGGACAAAGAGCACGGGAAGUUGGCCAAGGCACCCACAGAUUUCCCUGAGACCGAGAAGGCUGAGCUGGACAGGUGGAUCUCGCAGGAGGGUGAUGGAGGACCCUCCGCACUGGGGAGCGGAAAGACCCACAGAGAGGGUGAACGGUUCCUGGGGGAUCCUUCUAGGCCUCCUUUGCUUCGUGGUGGAGUGGAAGCGGUUUCUGCACAGCCUGGGCAGGUUCCAGUGACUUUUGAGGAGGUGGCCGUGCAUUUCUCGGAGGCGGAGUGGGCUCUGCUAGAUCCUGGCCAAAGGACUCUGCACAAGGAAGUCAUGGAGGAGAAUCGUGGGAUCCUGGCCUCUCUGGGUGAUUGCAGGGAGAGCAAGGAGAAUGGAACGGAAAUUGAAGAGACGUGGGGAAUCAAGUCCAUUUUUUGGGAAGAGUUAGAAGUCUGUGAUAUUCCAUUCAUAGAAGAACGAUUUCACACAGAAGAAAAAACAUUUCAGUGUGAGAAGCAAUUCAGUUACAACUCACAAGUUAAGCAACAUCAAAGGAUUCAUACAGGGGAGAAGCCCUAUGAAAGCCUGGAGUGCAGGAAGAGCUUCUGUGAUAGCAGCAGCCUUAAUCAACAUCAAAGAAAUCACACAGGGGAGAAGCCCCAUGAAUGCCUAGAGUGCGGAAAGAGCUUUGCUCACAGGACACACCUUAAUCAACAUCAAAUAAUUCACACGAGGGAGAAGCCCUAUGAAUGCCUAGCGUGCGGAAAGAGCUUCAGUCAUAGAAGCCAGCUGAAUCAACAUCAAAGAAAUCAUACAGGGGAGAAGCCCUAUGAAUGUGUGGAGUGUGGAAAGAACUUCAGUCAGAGAAGUAGCCUUAAUCGACAUCAAAGAAUUCACACAGGGGAGAAGCCCUAUGAAUGCCUGGAGUGCGGAAAGAGCUUCAAUGAUUGCAGCAACCUUAAUCAACAUCAAAGAUCUCACACAGGCGUGAAGCCCUAUGAAUGCCUGGAGUGCGGAAAGAGCUUCAGUCAGAGAAGUAGCCUUCAUCGACAUCAAAGAAUCCACACAGGGGAGAAGCCCUAUGAAUGCCUGGAGUGCAGAAAGAGCUACAGUCAGAGCUGCUACCUUAAUGAACAUCAAAAAUCUCACACAGGUGAGCAGCCCUAUGAAUGCCUAGAGUGUGGAAAGAGCUUUGCUCACAGGACACACCUUAAGCAACAUCAAAUAAUUCACACAGGGGAGAAGCCCUAUGGAUGCCUGGAUUGCGGAAAGAGCUUCAGUCAGCGCAGCAACCUUAAUCAACAUCAAAGAAUUCAUACAGGGGAGAAGCCCUAUGGAUGCCUGGAGUGCGGAAAGAGCUUCAGUCAGAUCAGCAAACUUAAUCAACAUCAAAGAAAUCACACAGGGGAGAAGACCCAUGAAUGCCUAGAGUGUGGAAAGAGCUUCAGUCAUAGAAGCCAACUGAAUCAACAUAAAAGAAGUCAUACAGGCGAGAAGCCCUAUAAAUGCCUGGAGUGUGGAAAGAGCUUUAGUCAGAGCAGCAAAUUUAAUCAACAUCAAAGAACUCACACAGGGGAGAAGCCCUAUGAAUGCCUGGAGUGUGGAAAGAGCUUCAGUCAGAGCGGCACCCGUAAUAAACAUCAAAGAAUUCACACAAAGGAGAAGCCAUAAAACUGCUCAAAGUCUGGAAUGCAAUUCAGUCACAGAUUGCUGUAUCGAUCCAAGUGCUAUGAAUGCUUUGGAAAUUUGGAAAGCUUUUUAGUUACACCACGAACCUUAGUAACCUUCACAGGAUCCAGACAGAGAAGCCCUACCUAUGCUCAGUAUGUGGAAAGAGUUUCAAUCACAGUGUGAAUCUUAAAGCACAUCAAAAUAUCCACACAGGCCUUGAAGCUGUAGAAAGCGGAAAGAGCUUUGCUUGCACGACACAUCUGAAAUCACGUCCUGCAAUUCCCACAGGGGAGAAGCCCUACAAGGGCUCAGAGGGUGGAAAGCAUUGCUCAGGUUGACAUUUUCAUCAGCAAGCAAGGGGCACGACUCAAAAACCCCUAGGAAGUGGAAGGAGCAACAGUUAGGCUUUAUGGAGCAUUCAGUAGCCAUUCAAAGGACGUUGGUUCCAAAACAUUUAUUCCUAUUUCAAACAUCACUAAAAGCCCAUUACGAUUUCGGCAGAAACCAAUUUAUUUCUUUUAGGCACUAAAGCUCCUUGAUUUCAUCAGUUACUCUUAUAUAAGCAAUAUGAGAAGGGUGGUUAGGGAAUUCCCGAUCUUCGCAUGUUAUUCUGAGACCAGCCAACUCCAACGUAGAAUUCCCUUAAUGGAAGAUGAUGUUUCUAAACAAGUGGGUUCACAUGGAAGGGAUAAAGUCUGAAUACGAUUCAGUGCUCAUGUUUAGAUGACAUUUCGGGGACUGUGGUUGGUGAGACGGUCGUUCUCCGGGGUUAGCACUAACCACGAGCUGUGUGGUGAGUCCCAACACUUCAAGCCAGGGUUUGAGCCGCUAACCCUGCUGUAGAAGGGCUGACUGGGAUUAGAAAGUGACCAGGGCUUAGCAAAACGCAUUGCACACAACCUCUGAAACCCUGAAGUCUUAACUAAAAAGCCUUAACCAGCAGGGUUUAAGGUGUCUUGUGAACAGGCCCAAAAAGUGCCCUGCCGUUUUGGAUGCAUAAUUGUGGUCCACAUUGAAUUGUAGCAUCUGAAACAGGGAUAAGUGACCCACUCUGGAUGGUGUGGGAAAUAGACCUUGGAAUCCACGUAGAGAAAGAUAUUUGGAAAGCUUUGCAGGAUAAGUAUCCGCUUAAAAAAUCUUGAGUUUAAAAUAGGGAAGGAAUGGUAAAACUGACCCACAGAUGGUCACUCACACUAAGGAAAUGAUAAGUGGUGAGCCCUGGGGCAUCCCCAGAGUGCUGGCAGGGAACCUUCAUGCAUUUACUGCUUUUAAAUUACAGGUUUUAACUUGAUUAAUGGUUUAAUUUGUUUUUAGCUGUGUAUAUGUUUUGCUUUAUAUUGUAGGAUUUUAUCUGUAUGCUGCCUUGAGAUUGUAGUGAUAUAGAUGUUAUAACAUCUAUUUAAAACAUACAAACGUUUUAAACAAAUAAAUAAGUUUUUGGUGGGCAUGCUCUAAGGUAAAUCGAUUUAGGAAAUCAGUGUUUUAAGAGAUUAGCCUUGUUAAAUUUAUAGAAUCAUAGAAUAGCAGAGUUGGAAGGGUCCUACAAGGCCAUCUAGUCCAACCCCCUGCUCAAUGCAGGAAUCCACCCUAAAGCAUCCCUGACAGAUGGUUGUCCAGCUGUCUCUUGAAGGCCUCUAGUGUGGGAGAGCCCACAACCUCCCUAGGUAACUGGUUCCAUUGUCAUACUGCUCUAACAGGAAGUUUUUCCUGAUGUCCAGCUGGAAU